AUGUCCAUGAACUACAACUCUACACCACGUAUAAAUAACCCAUUCAAAGUCGAUGGUGAAUUCGACUUUCGCCUCGCCAAAGCCAGCGACUUGCUCGACAUCCAAAAAAUCUCCAAACAGGCCCUCCGCAACACCGUCACGGUCCUCACCCGCGACAUUCCCUCCACCCUCCAAACCCUCCAAGGCAACAUGCCCUUCCCCAACGAAGAUGACAACACAGCUGCCUAUCCUACCUACCUCUCCGUCCCCAUCCUUAUUGCCAGAAACACCACCAACGCCAGUGGAGAAAACAAGCCACGCGUCGUGGGCUACGCCUUCCUCGGCCCCCGCCGCAAAAGCACAAGCACAACGGGCGACGCAUGGACCAUGGAGGUGAGGAAGUUGGCGGUGGGGGGUGGGAAGUGGUACAUUUUUCCGGUUGAGGGUAUGGCUGGGACUUAUGGGGUUAGCAUUAAUACUGCGUAUCUUUGGUUUGAUGGCCAUGGUGGUAAUGGAGACGGUGAAGGUAGCGAGGCGGGUAGUGCUGAGAGUGAGGGCAGUGCUGGCAGUGAAGGAAGUGCAGCGAGUUACGACAGCUACGGCAGUGAGCGCAGUCAGGGAAGCCAGACCAGCGUGAGCAGUGAGAAAAAUAGUCAUGAGAGCGACGACGAUAAAGACGAAGACAGUGAAGACGAGGAGGACGAUUGGGAUGACGAUGACGAUCCUUACGGAGAAGUCGAAGACGACGAUAUCGAAUACGAUUGA